AUGGACGAUCGGCACAGGAGCCAGAAUGUCAAAAUCCGGGGAAUCCCGGAGACUGUGAUUCAGGAAGACCUCACCAGGAGAUUGCUCACCUCUCUACUCACUCCACAGCAUGUAAACCAAGUCGUGAUCGAUGGGCUCUAUCGCAUCCUGAGAGCUACUAGAGCCCCAAGAGAUGUAAUAUUACAACUCCAAAAAAUAAAUAAACUUCAUGGCAGCAGUGCGAGGCGUAUCUACUCACCCCUUCGAAAAUGCCGCUCUGUCUUUCUACCUGGACCUGUCCAGGCCUACCUUGGUAUGGAGAAGCCUAUUCAGACCACUGACCACCGCGCUCUGCCAACACGCUAUCCCCUACCGCUGGGCAUUCCACAGGAGCCUGGUCAUCACGCAUGGUGGAGCUAUAAGCCAAGUAACCGACACAUCUGA